GUGAUUUUAGUUUGUAACAGUCUCCAUUCUUAUCGUCAUAUCAAGCAGAAUACUUCUCUUUCGACAAAAACUUUCGUCUGUUCUAAAGCGGAAGUUCCAAAAUGUGAAAUACGUCAUAGUUUUUGAGGUCGACUGCAAUCACGAGAUUUUAGACGACACAUUAACCAAAAAAGAACUGAAUUUCUUAGUUUAUUGCUGGUAAAAAUGGCUCUCAGUGAUGCAGACGUCCAGAAACAGAUUAAGCACAUGGUUGCAUUUAUAGAACAAGAAGCAAAUGAAAAAGCUGAAGAAAUUGAUGCCAAGGCUGAGGAAGAAUUUAAUAUAGAAAAGGGAAGACUUGUACAGCAACACAGAGUAAAGAUCAUGGAAUAUUAUGAAAAGAAAGAAAAACAAGUAGAACUACAAAAGAAAAUUCAAAACUCUAACAUGCUGAAUCAGUCAAGAUUAAAGAUUCUGAAGGCUAGAGAAGAUCAAUUAAAGGAACUUUUAGAAGAAGCCAGAACUAAAUUACACAAUAUUACAAAGGAUAAAGCUAGAUACAGGAAAUUAUUGGAAGGUCUGAUCACUCAGGGUCUUUUCCAGCUGUUAGAGGGAAAAGUACAAGUUAUGUGUAAACCAGAAGAUACCAGUGCUGUACAGGAAUUACUGCCAUCAGUAACUAAGAAAUACAAAGAUGCUACAAAGAAAAAUGUUAUAGUAACAAUUGAUCAGGAAAAUAGACUAGGUCCAGAUAUAUCUGGAGGUGUUGUAUUACUGGCAGUUAACAACAAAUUGAGAGUAGAGAAUACACUAGAAACCAGAUUAGAUUUAAUUAGUCAACAGAUGGUACCAGAAUUAAGGAACAUUCUCUUUGGAAAGAAUCCCAACAGGAGAUUUAUGGAUUAAGGAUACAGAUCUUAUACAACAUUCCAUGACUGUUAUCUUAGGCUAGAUUGAGUAAUGAAUAUUAGUAUCAACACUUCUACACUAAAUUUACAUUGUAAAUCUUAUGUCAUUUACUCGAAACAUUUUAUUCAGAAAUUAUUGUCUUGCAAGUCAUUAUUCUAGUCACAUUGCAAUAGAAACAUAAAGGCUUAGAACUUUAGGAAUAUCUACUAUAUCUUUAGAAAAUAAUACAUUAUGUUUUGUUGUUAAUAAUUAGAAAAAGUAAAAAUGUUUCAACUACCAAACAGGAUGUUGACAAAGUCUAAGUUCUAUGCAUGGAUAAAGUCUCAAAAUAAUAAGUAGCUAAAUUCUUAUGUUUUACGCUAUUUAAGACGUAUAGUGAAGUAUGUUAAGUUAUAUGUAAUCAAGUUUAUAUAGAUAUUUUAAUCAUGUGAUCAUUUCUCUGGUAGAAAAAAAAUUAAUUGUUUAUUGUCUGUAUGUAAAAUAAAUAUACAAAAGAAAA